AAAUUAAUACAUACUUUGAUAGAGCUAAUUUUGAAUGUUGAAAAGGUAAAGUACAAGAAAAGGGUCUAUCCGAGAAAUAGAGCACAUUUUAGUAAACAUUUUAACUGCUUGCAAAAUUCGAAAAAUGGAGGAAUUUAUGAAAUUGGUCGCUCAAUACCAAUGCAAAUCGUCGAGUGUUGAUCUAAGCAGCUCUAACAACGACAGCGAUAGCGACUUCUAUCUCCCAUCCCCUGGACUUGCCAAAGAUGCAGAGAGCUGCACGGGCGGCAAACGUAAAGCGGCGGGAACAGCAGCUCGACUGCCAACAAGGCGACCCGAUCCCAACGUUUACAAUCGGAAUGCGUUGCUCGCCCGGGAGAAUCGCCGCAAGAAGAAGGCGUACAUGGAGUCCGUGGAAAGGGAGCUGCACGAGACGCGCAGCGCCAACAGAUCCCUGCUGAAAGCGCUAAAAAAGCAGUUCAAGCUAACGCAAAAGCUCGAGAAGGAGUGCACAUAUCUCAAGGACACACUGGGAAGGACACACUACAAAGAGCGCAAAAAAAGCGUGCAGAUUUCAUCGCCAGACAACAGAGAUAUCCAAAUCAACAGAGCAACUUCUCCCGAGGGUUCCCUAAUCUCAACGUAUUCGAGCAGCAGCAGCUACGAGCCGAAUCCAAUGGAGACGAUGUUGAUGAGUGCCGAGAAGAACAAUGAUUAUCACACUUCGCCAGCGGAGUAUAAGAAUGAACUGGAGCAGCUUCCUCUGCAGCCAGUGGACAUUAUUGACGAGCACAGCUACUUCAAUAAGUUUGCGCAAAUCGAUUGGAGUCCCAACUACGAAUGGAGUUCCAGUCGCACUCCGCCCACGCAGCUCCUGCAAGAUGAGGAUUUCUUGAUCGACGCCGCAGGCGACGAAUAUCUUGCAAGUCUAUAGAAAAAAAUAUAUAUUAAUUAAUAUUAAUGUUUUUAUUAAGUAUUACGUUAGAUUAAGGCACACAAUUCUUUAUUCUGUGAAUCGAUAUAAUUCUUUCCAUUAUGACGACUUUUGUGUAUCCAAUUAGUUUAUAGCCCGUGGAGAGUUUAUGAUAGAAAACCCGCCUUUGUCAUCGAUGUAUAAAUUUUUGCUUCAUAAUUUCAGAAUUUCAGGCCAAUUUGGAGAGGCGCGUUGGGUUCUUUUUUGGAUCCAGCUCGCAAAUGAGAAUAUUUCAAGGUGGGUUCGAUCGAAGGUUGCAAAAGAAAAGUUCCAAUUGAGUCUAUGAUCAUCUUGUUGUCCCACUCUUUCAGCUGCGGCCACAAUUAAAGACGACACUCGAAAUCUAACGGAUUUCUCCUAUAUACACACACUUAUAUAAAUUGUCCUCAUGGAAGGAUCUCCUGAUGAGCUGCAGACUUCAAGUGUAUUUCAUACAAUACGAAGGCUUUGUUCUCGUUCGAUUUGUUUUUUUUUGGUAUAUUGAAAAAGUUACAAAAACCAUACUAAUUUAUUUGGAUUCUGACAUGUUGCAGAUGAUUUUUGAUCACACAAUUGAUCGAUGUUUGAUGUUUGUUUACAUUGUUCAAAGUGGUGGACAGUCAGGCUUGAAACGACGGUAUGUAUUUCUAUCAUAACUCCCAAAGAGGCAUCUUCUAUAUAUAUAUUUAUAUGUGUUUCUAUUGUUGAUUUUGGAAAGAAUAAUCGAUAUAAUUUCAUAAACAAAAUAAUUAUGCAUUUGUUAUUGAACCCAAAUAAAGAUAUAAGUACACAAUAUUUGUGACUAAAUAAA